AUGGGAACUCGAUUCUUGCUCUUGUUCUUGCUUGCAUGUCUAGUUCUUAUAUCCACGGCCUCAAGUGAGCAAAACGGUGAUGGAACAGUUAGAAUUGGAUUGAAGAAGAGGAAACUAGACCGAGCCAACAGGCUAGCUUCUCAGCUUGUCUUGAAAAACCGAGGAGGAUCUUCUUGGUCUUACAAAGAUUAUUUCCGCAUGAAAGAUGCAAAUUCGGAUAUUGUUCCUCUGAAAAACUAUUUAGAUGCUCAAUACUAUGGUGAUAUCACCAUUGGUACUCCACCUCAGAAGUUUACUGCCAUCUUUGAUACCGGAAGCUCCAAUCUCUGGAUACCAUCUACUAAAUGCUACUUAUCGAUUGCUUGUUAUUUUCAUUCAAAGUACAAAGCUAGCCAGUCAACAACAUACAAGAAGAACGGUUUGUAUAACAUGAUAGACAAAGGUCUGGUUAAGGAACCGGUUUUUUCGUUCUGGCUUAACCGUAACCCGCAAGAUCCAGAAGGUGGUCAGAUUGUUUUUGGUGGAAUGGACCCUAAGCAUUUCAAAGGAGAGCAUACUUAUGUUCCAGUGACACAUAAAGGUUACUGGCAAUUCGACAUGGGUGACCUCAACAUUGCUGGCAAACCAACCGGAUAUUGUGCUCAAGGUUGUUCUGCUAUUGCUGAUUCCGGAACUUCUCUGCUUACCGGUCCAUCGACUGUCAUCACAAUGAUCAAUCAUGCCAUUGGAGCAGUAGGAGUCGCGAGCCAGGAGUGCAAAAUCGUCGUAGAUCAAUACGGAAAAACCAUGUUGAAUUCACUUCUGGGUCAGGCGGAUCCAAGGAAAGUAUGCUCACAGAUAGGACUCUGCGGUUUUGAUGGUUCACACAGUGUGAGUAUGGGGAUAAAGUCAGUUGUAGAAGAUGGACCAUCGGAUCUUUUAAACGAAGCUAUGUGCAGCGCCUGCGAAAUGGCAGCAGUGUGGAUGCAGAGUGAAUUGACUCAGAACGAAACACAAGAACGCAUACUCACUUAUGCUGCUGAGCUCUGUGACCAUAUACCAAUGCCGAACCAACAAUCAGCAGUGAACUGUGAGAGGGUUUCAUCGAUGCCUAUAGUCACAUUCACAAUUGGUGGCAAAUCCUUUGAUCUCUCACCUCAAGAUUAUAUAUUCAAGAUUGGGGAUGGAGUUGAGACUCAGUGCACCAGUGGUUUCACUGCCAUGGACAUCCCUCCACCUCGUGGACCUCUCUGGAUCUUGGGUGAUAUCUUCAUGGGAACAUACCAUACUGUGUUCGAUUAUGGGAAAGCAAGAGUUGGAUUCGCCAAAGCUGCUUAA